AUGGAGCUUUCGGCUGAGGCCAUGGCAGCUCUCAACACAGCAAUGGCUCAACAAAUCAAGGAAUCAAAUGAGGCCAUUACAACGCAGCUCUCACAGCAGAUUGAUCAGCUCAACAACAAGUUUGAAACCCAGAUUAGUGAUCUGUUGAAAGAGCUUAGCGCGAGUGGAGAAGAGUCUUCACAUACUCCCACCCCUUCGGAAGUUAUACGCAUCACUAAGGGUAAAGGGCACAUAGGAGUAUCUGCUCGAAGGUCUAGACGCGAUACAACACCUCCUGAAGACAGACCUAAAGCUAAGACUAACCAAAGAAACGAGAUGGUUCCAGAGUUGAAAGGCAUCAAGAACGUCAGCACCACAGAGAGGAAUAUAUAG